AUUUUAAUUUUAAUUAAAUAGAAUUAAAUAAUUUAAUUAUACACAGUUAAAUGACGCGCAAUUAAGAACAGCCACAGCCUGCGAUUAUUUAAAGCAAACCUGUUUAGUACUAAUUCUGAAAAUUACACCUAAAAUCUUUCCAAGCCAUAGAGAGAAGAGAGAAGCCCGGUGGGUAGCUAGCUUCUACAAGAGAAAAAAAAACAAAACAUUCCACUAUCUAUAUGUAGUUCUUGAAAACCAGAAAAGCUGUGUGUAUCUCAACCCCAUAAAGUCAUAUUAUCAAUUUGCUUUCUCUCCUCUUUCAACAACCGAGAAAAAAAGGAGGAGAGGGAAUUUAGUCUCUGAACAUCAAAUAUGGGAGGCUGCGCUAGUGUACCGAAGGACUUGAAGGAUGAAGUUGGCUCCGCCCCAGCACCCGAGCCUCCCAUGGAGGAAACCGCGGAGAACAAUGAAGCUGUGAAGGUUGAGCUAGAGGCCGUAGAAAAGGUUGAAGAAGAAAAUGCUGAGAAGAGUGACGAUUAUAAGAAGUCCCUUGGAUCAUUGCUUAAUGAGAUGGAAACAACAAGCGAAAGCAAGGAAGAGGAAGUUCCAUGCAAGCAAAACGAAGAACAAGCAGCAACUGAGGCUCCUGCGGCUGAAUCAGAGAAAGAACAAAUCAAGAAUGCUGAGGGAGAAAAGAAAGAAGACAAUUAGGAAUUAUACUUGGAGAGCCAUGGAUGUUUAGAAAUAAAUUUAAAGAAACACUUGUUUUCCCAGCUUCUGCCACACUUGCUGGUGUAUAUUUUUAUAAACAGCACCGAGAGUUGUUUAUUUCUUCAAUUAUAUUAAAUCCCUUUUUUUUCC